AUGUCAAGUAAACAACUUCCUAAACCAAAAAGUCCUAGAGCAAUUCCAUCUCUUAUUAUGGAUAAAAGAAAGAGUAUAAAAUACUACAGUUCAACUAACUCAACUCCUAGAUCUCGUUGUUCACCUCGUAAUUCAAUUAACACAAUUACAAUAUCUCCUCAAAAUGAAUUAAAGUCAUUUAAUAGAAAUCCACAUUCAUCUCCUAAACUCUUGUCUUCCCAAAAUUCUAAAAGAAAAUCUAUUAUUUCACCUCAAUUACUUACAAUUGAAAAAGAAAGUCAAUCACUAACAAAUUCUAUAAAAGAAAUGAUAGGAAUUAGUAUCAAUAGGAAUAAUGAUGAAACAGAUAUUUGGGAGAAGAUGCUUUUAAGUUGUGAUGUUGGUAUUACAAGUGCAGUUAUUCAAUAUCUAGAACGACAAGAAUUAACUCAAGAUGAAAAAGAAAUAAAUUCAAUAAUGUUAUUUAACUUCUUUAAUGAACAUAAUAAAUUAACAGAAUUAAUUAACUUUUGUAUAGAAAGAGAUAUUUAUUUAAAAUAUGAUGAUUUAAAUACAUAUUCACCAUAUGUAACAUUAUAUAAAUGUAUGUUAGGAUAUACUCAAAAAUAUUAUUUUUCUCAAUUCUCUGCCUUUUAUCAAAAAAAAGCAACUAAAAUGAAAGACACUUCAUUAGAUGAUUGUCAAUCAUCAAAAACAGUAAAAAAUAUGGUUGCGUUUAAAUCAAUUUUAGAAGAUAUUGUUUCUCUUAUGACUGAUGAUUCUAUUGUUCCUAUUUAUAUUAAAUAUACAUGGUCUACAAUUUAUAAAUUAUUAUAUAAAACUAAUCCUGACAUAGUAAUGAAAUAUAUGUAUUUAAAUAUGUUUCUUAUUCCUUUUAAUGAUAUAAUUGAAGAGUUAAUGAAAGUUAUUUCAUCACAACAUUUAAACACAUUAUUAAAUGUCUCAAAAUGUUUUCAUGAAAUAAUUUCUCCUUCAAAUAAAACACUUCCUUAUCCGUUUUGGAAAGAAUGGAUUGCAACAAAAUGUAUUGAUUUAAAAACGAAACUUAAUAAUUAUAUCAUUCAAAUUUCUAAAUUUUAUUGUGAUGAAUCAGAUGUUAUAAUGGAUCUUCCUCAAAAUCUUGUUAUUCCACUUAUUGAUUAUCUUAAAACUGACUGGGAAAGUUUAUAUGGAUAUCUUUCUGAAGAAGGAUAUCGAAUGAUUGAACUUCGUAUGACUUCUCAACUAGAAAUGAAACAAAGAGUUUUGUCUCUUGUUCAUCAAAUUAAUCAACUACGAGUAAGUACUUUUAAUGAAAAUCAAAUGUAUCUUCAAAAAAUGUCUGAAAUGAAAAUGAGAAUGAAAGAUCUUCAAGAAGAAAGAAGAUAUUUAAGACAAUUGUUUAGAGAAAAGUUAGGUGUUGGAAUAUGCUAUGAUGACGAAGGACAUUUAAGUAAUGAAGAGAUCAUUGAAUGA